AAGUGCGUGUAAGUUCGUCGAUAUUUUAUUAUUAAUAAGAAAUACAAAGUUGUUUUACUUUAAGAGCGACAAUACAAGACGGAUGCAUUUUAGAAAUUCAAUUAUUUAUAAAUGCCUUUUAACUGAUUUCUUUAAGCAAGCUUUAUUUAACGGCAACUGUUGUAAUAAUAAAACAGAUUUUUAUGAUAAAUUGAAAGAAAUAGCAAUACAGAUAAAUAUUCAAAAAAAUAAUACUCAUAUGGUUACACAUUAAAAAAAACAAUGGAAGGUUCAAUAGUCAAAUCACUCAUUUUAGAGAGUGAAAAGAAAAUCAAAAAAUCUUUAGGAAAUGAAGAUGUAAAGCCUGUUGUUAGUGGGAAAGAUGGUAAAUACUACUUGGUCCGAUUAGAAAUGGAAAGAGAAAACUUAAAAGCAUUAAGCGAUAAUGCAGAAAAAGAUGCUAGACUUUUACAACUUACAGAGGAUGUUAGCGGAAAAAUUCGAAAUGCAGUGGGUAAAGCUCAUCUAUUAACUACAAAGAGGUUCAAACAAUUUGCUGAAUUGUGUCAUGAUAAUAUCGAGCAAGAUCCUGAUAAAAAAGAAACAAAACCAUCAGAUCUACAAGGAUAUUGGGAAAUGAUGAGCAUCCAGAUAGAUGAUGUAAAGGCACUUUUUAAAGACAUUGAAACUUUAAAAGAAAAUGGAUGGAUCAUGCCAACACCUGCUGAAACUAUUGAUACUGGAUUUAAAACGAAUUCUUCAGCAAAGGUAAACCGAAUAUCGCCAAACAAAACUCAGAAAACUAAAGGAAUUGAUGACGAAAAAGUUAAAAGAGAAGCUCGAAAUCGAUUUGCUGCUGCUAAAAAGCAAGCGCGGUUAAAACAACAACAAGAAGAACUUCAAUCCAACAAUUCUCUUAAUACAUCUAUGGAGUUACUAAACGAUAAUUUAAAUUCAGUACAUUUAGAAGAAACCUCUACAGUGUUACCAGAAAAGUUGACUACUUUCAACCCAGAUCAUAAUGCUCCAUUGAACUGUGAGCAAAUACUUCUCCCUGAUGGAGAAGAGCAGCUACCAAUAUAUAAAAACGGUAUCAACUCUGGGGACAUAAUAAUUAGUAAUAUUGUAGUACAAGGAGAAUGUACAUCAUGACUUGUUUACUUAUUUUUUUGAACAAGUAUAGUUAUGAUUUAUAAAUGUUUAAGAAUGCGGAAUUACAA